AUGGGUCAGAGACUAAGUGACCCUGUCACUAAAGUAUCCCAUAGGGAGAAACCAAAGGAGACACAGGAACAUAAAGAUAAACCCAAGGAGAAGAGGAUCCCUCAAGCCCUGACCUUUCUUCAGCUGUUUACACUGCUGAGCUGCGUCAAGGUGAAGAAAACACCCUUUGAUCCCUCCCAGAGUGGUGAUGGGAGAAAGGGAACAAUGAUAAACGAUACAAACAACAAUAAUGACUCUGAAACUGGCUUGGACUACUCUGCAGGUGACGUGAAAAGGAUCAAGGACAAGAGUAAAGGAAAGGUUGGAGGAGAGAAACAUAGCAUUGAAUCUCAGGACCACAAAUGCAGAACGACACAGGAAAAAGAAAAAGACAUUAAACAAAGACCUAACUCGGUCUUCCCUGAGGAGCAAGCAAAGGAGACCCAGAAGAAAGAGAAGAAGAAGAGCAUCCAUCCAGCUGUGGCGGCCCUGCAGCUGUUCACUCUCUUCUGCUGUGGUGGGAAAGUCAAGCUGAGGAAGGACCAGGACAACGAUAAUGCAUCUGAUACUGGUUCAGACUUGUCUGGAGGUGAUGUUACAACCAAAAGGGUCAAGGACAAGAGAAAUGGAAAGGAAAAUCAAAGGACACCCCGGCAAGUGAAGACCCCUGUGGAGGAAAUUUACAUAAGACCUGACUCUCCGACUCUACCACGUGCCCACAGCUCCCUCUCUCAGUUUUCCCUGGCUCGGGACUCUGCCCACCUCGUCUAUGGCAACUAG